GAAGUGGCGACAUUGGCAAGUUGCUUUUAAUGCGAGAUUUAUCCAGAUAUAUCCAACCUCCAGAGGACAGCAAGUACCUACCCCAUCUAGUAAUCCUGCUUAGAGAUUUUGGCCUAGAAAAACCAGAUUCGUUAAAAAAAUACUUCUUGGAUAACUUGGCAAGAACCAGUCGCGAAGCUGCUGAAGGCAUUAAAAAAUCAUUCAAAGAAUUCAAUGUCUUUGCUUUACCUCAUCCAGGAGUCGGAGGCAAGCGCCUUCAACAGAUGCAAGCAGUCAGCACAACCGAUCUUGAUGAUGAAUUU